AUGGGCGACCUGCCCUCUCGGCUAAAAUUCCUUGAGAAACACGGAACCAGCCUUUGGCAACAAGCGAUCGUACUCAAACUUCUAGACCUAAGAACCACACGAGAGACAUUUAUGCAGAUGGCAAAAAACCUUAUAGAAAGCUCAUAUCAGUGGCCUCCAUCCGCAGCUGCAAUUGGGGCCAUUUCACGAGAUGUCGACCUAGUCUUCCAAGUUGGCCAUAUCGUUUCCGUCGGCGACACUAGAUUCAAAGAAUGGCUGUACUCCUCCGCUGCGCUAGCUGGUGCUCGAGUCGCUGUUUUGAUCGCUGCUUCCCGAUCCGUGAAGAACGCCAAUGGAGCUCCGCCUGCCGGCACCCCGAUCCUUGAACAGGUAGAGUCUCUGGCUUUGCGGGAACGCGACCCGCGCGCUAUGAUUAUUCAUGCCACAGUAUUAGGUCGGCGGGAGAGAUACGGGGAGGCCAUUGCCCUCAUGGACCAGGUCAUGCAGACAAUCUACCCGACCAAAACUGCGCCAGCGGCUGAUUCGUCCCUACUGAUUGGGGACAUCGAGCCACCGUGGAAGGUGUAUGCGUGGCUGAAGGAGAAGAUAGGAAAUGUCACGGACCUGGACGACAUCCUGCGCACCGCAGCAUUGGAGUAUCAGGAUCCAGAGGCGUUGGUAAAGUAUGCUUUUGUCAUGAUGCAGCAGGGCGAUCUGGAGAAAUAUGAAGAGUAUAUGAGUAAAGCCGCAACUGCCGGGAACGCCAAGGCAUGUUGGAAACUAGCCAAUUUCUACUACCUAACAUCUCAAGGUCGGUACCCGCGUCGGGGAGUAAAGACGAGCGACUCAGCCGCGGAUGCUGAAAGGGCCAACAACGCCAGUGAAGGUCGGGGGAUACUUUCAGCGUUCUUCUCAAGUCUGUUUGGCGCCCAGCCUCACCACGAAUAUCGGGGCUUAGCAAUGGAGUGGUAUGAACUAGCUGCCCGGCACGGUAGCCCCGAAGCUGCUUUGGCCAUUUCGCUGCUUCUUCGUGAAGAAGGGAACACGGAACUUAGUGCCCAGUUCUUUCAGGUGGCGGUUGCUUCCCAGAAGCUUACUUCUUUGAUCCGACCAUUUAGACUAAAUUGGGAAAACGAGAAUUAUUCGCCUAAGAUGCCUACUGAGCUGAUGGAAGUUUGA